AUUUAAGAUCACGGUUCCAACCUUAGACUCUACAAUGAUUUUCCUUUUCUUCUGUACAUUCGCUUUGCUCUUAUCGCCAGUUGCGACGAAGAGCAUUGUUGAUGAAAGACUUGUUCGAGUAAGACGACAUGGAUCAGGACACCAUGGACAGGGCAUGCUAUCAGGACAGCAAUGGGGACAAGGAAUGCAACCAGGGCAGCAAUGGGGACAGGGCAUGCGACUAGGGCAGCAGUGGCCAGGACAAGGCAUGGGACUAGGAGGAAUGAGACCUGGGAUGGGUCCAUGGAGAUAAAAAUUGCAG